UUCUCCCUCACACUUCUUCGACUUAACGUCUCAGAGCAGUUGGCUGGAUAAUGCUUUGGUGAAAAAACACAGAGGAAUCAGAAACGAAGAUAAAACUCACCGCAAACAAAUGGCCACCGUUUCAGCCUCCACAUUCUCUCCUAUCCCAUCCUUCCGCACCCCGAACCAUUCCCAUUCCGUCGGGAUUCCGAUUCCCUCUCCAACUGUCUCGUUUCGGAACGUUUCCGCCUCUUUCCGGAGCUUAACGCACAAGGACCGCCGGUCCCGGAGACCCACAAUUCUGAGGGCCGUCGAAGAGGAAACCCCAAUUCCAGCUGAAGAAGAAGCAGCGGUCAGCAGCGAGCAGCCGGAGCAGCCCGUUUCGGUCCCCGUUUCGCCCUCCGACACUCUCACCAUGGUUUUCCAGGCAGAUGGAACGAUGAGUGAUGCAGCUAUCCCAUCAGUAACCAAAGCCUUACAGGAAACUGCAGGCAUUACCAACUUAAAAGUUGAAGUGAUUGAGGGUAUUGCAACUGUGGAGUUGACGAAACAGACGACAGUACAAGCUACCGGGGUGGCUUCCAGUUUGGUGGAGACCAUACAGAGUAAGGGAUUUAAGCUACAAACAUUGAAUUUAAGCUUUGAUGAGGAAGAGGAAGUUGCUGCUGUCUGAAUUUUGUAAUGCUGCUCAUCUAGGAUUUGAGGAAUUUGAGGGCCCGGCGAUAGGUCGACCCUCUUGGGUUUUCGAAUCAGAUCAGUCAAGACCGGCCCAGGCCAUAUAUUGCUGGCGUUGUCCCACCUGCUUAUUGUGUUCUGAAUUUUCUAUUUGGUUGCGUCUCACUUGAACUUCCACUUUGUAUUAAUGUCCUUCCAACUACCAAUUUUGUCACAAAAUUAAGGAAUCGAAACAUUUGGAGAAGCCAAAAAAAAAGUAUUGAAUGUCGCACAUUUAAGGUA